AUGGAGAAGAGAUAUGAUGAAGUAGUGAUAUUGUUGACAAUGGUGGCUUUGGUUACUGGUGUUUCCAUUGUUGAUGUAAAUGCAACCACCAUGGAGAUGAAUAGUUAUUCACAAAGAACACAGAAUUUAUCUUUGCAGAUUCAGAAGAAGUUAAAGCUUCUCAAUAAACCUGCCAUCAAGACCAUUUAUAGUAGAGAUGGAGAUAUUAUUGACUGUGUUGACAUUUACAAGCAGCCUGCUUUUGAUCAUCCUUCUCUAAAAAAUCACACCAUUCAGAUGAAACCGGAGUUGGGUAUGGAUUGGAAGAUGUCAACAACACAAAACGAAUCGUUUGGAUCAGAACCAUUUCAUUUUCAAGUAUGGCAAAAAAGUGGAAGUUGUCCCAAAGGAACCAUUCCCAUUCGCAGAAUUCGUGAACAAGAUUUACUUAGAACCAAUUCUCUCCAUAAUUUCGGCAAGAAAUUUCCUUAUGGAAAUUCCAAGCUGGGACCAGAAAUCAGUCGUUCUACGGCAAUCCUAUUUACAACAGGAUUCAAUUACAUUGGCGCUUCGGGAGAUAUCAAUAUUUGGAACCCUAAAGUUGAUUUGCCUAAUGAUUUUACAGCUACCAAAAUUUGGUUGAAAAAUGGCCCUUCUGAAAGAUUUGAAAGCGUAGAAGCAGGCUGGAUGGUAAACCCUAGAUUAUAUGGAGAUAGAAAAACUCGACUCAGUGUAUAUUGGACGGUUGACUCAUACAAAUUGACUGGGUGCUUUGAUCUAACAUGCAGCGGGUUUGUCCAAACGAACCCUAGUGUGGUACUUGGUUCAGUCCUGGAACCUGUGUCAUAUACAGGUGGACAACAAUUCAUUAUCUCUGUUGGUAUCUUUCAGGAUCCUAGAUCAAAGAGUUGGUGGUUGAAGGUGCAAGGGAAACCAGUUGGGUAUUGGGCAGAGAAACUAUUUGGUUACAUGGACCAUAGCGCGACGUUGGUCGAAUGGGGCGGCGAAGUUUUUAGCACAAACGUAAAGAAAGUGCCGCACACGAGGACAAACAUGGGGAGUGGAGACUAUGCUGGUGGGCUUAACAAAUAUGCUUGCUAUGUGAAACAUCCAAGGAUCGUCGAUAAUUCGUUGCAAUUGAAGUAUCCACAAAAAGUGGGAAUAUGGGCUGAUGAAUCUAAUUGUUAUUCUGCUUAUAAUUAUCAACCAACCUAUACAAUUGAACCUGUCUUCUACUUUGGUGGUCCUGGUCGUGGUCGUGACUGCCAUUGA